AUGAAAGGUUUCAGGCAGAGAGUGCACGAGCAGUUAUCGAGGGCGAAAGAUAGUAACAAAUCGUCCAAGAAAAAAGAUGCGAAUAAUUCGGGCACUGCAUCACCGCUGUCAUCAUCCACUACGCUCCCCGGUAGUGAUUCGAGAUCCCCCAACAGUUCCAACACCGCAACUCCGACGUCUUCGUCAACGAAUCUGAAUGAUCUCCGAAAUAAGAGUGGGAAUCAUGAGAGCACCAAUACCAGCCACACCACCACCCAACACCAUGCUGGCUCUGCAACAGGGUCAGGUUCGCUGGCUUCUCAUUUCAUGUCGCAAGGCUCUGGUCAUGGACCGGGUGGACCUGGAACAGCCCCGGGCCGUCAUCACAUUGCUCCAAGCGUUAUCAUCAGUCCAAGUGCUCCUCACAUUCCUGGACCUGGUGCGACUGAAACGAUGCCUGGCGACCUGGCGCCCCCCAAGGCCGGCCAAAAAUCCCUCCUCUUCGACCGAUUGCAGAGUACCCCAAAAGAUGUGCCCGAGGGUGUCCGAACUCCCAAGAGACAGCAUUCAUCACGGUUUGAUGUAUCGGACCAAAGAGCUCGUGACCUGGAGAAAUUGCCCGGCUUCCAUGAAGUCCCUCCUAACCGAAGACAAGAGUUGUUCAUGCAGAAAAUUGAUCAAUGUAAUAUCAUCUUCGACUUCAAUGAUCAGACCGCCGACAUGAAAUCAAAAGAAAUCAAGAGACUCGCUCUCCACGAACUUCUGGACUACGUUGCCAACAACCGGUCGGUGAUAACCGAACCGAUGUAUCCGAAGGUUGUCGAAAUGUUCAGCAAGAACCUAUUUCGCCCCGUUCCUCCUCCUGUCAAUCCACAGGGUGAAGCAUUUGAUCCCGAGGAAGAUGAACCGGUCCUGGAAGUUGCUUGGCCUCACAUUCAAGUUGUCUACGAGUUUUUCUUGCGUUUCAUUGAAAGCCAAGACUUCAACACAAACAUUGCCAAAGCUUACAUUGAUCAUCAUUUUGUCCUUCAGUUACUGGAGCUGUUUGACUCUGAAGAUCCCCGGGAAAGAGACUUUCUCAAGACGACGCUUCACCGCAUUUACGGCAAAUUCUUAAAUCUUCGGUCCUACAUUCGCAGAUCUAUCAACAAUGUCUUUUUCCAGUUCACCUAUGAGACCGAGAGGUUCAACGGCAUAGCCGAACUUCUCGAAAUUCUUGGUUCAAUCAUCAAUGGCUUUGCUCUCCCACUCAAAGAAGAGCAUAAGCUGUUUUUGACCAGAGUACUCAUUCCUCUUCACAAAGUGAAGAGUUUGAGCAUGUAUCAUCCUCAGUUGGCAUAUUGUAUCGUGCAAUUCCUAGAGAAAGACGCAGCGCUGACAGAAGAAGUUGUGCUUGGUCUACUACGCUACUGGCCGAAAGUUAACAGCACCAAGGAAGUCAUGUUCUUGAACGAGGUCGAGGACAUUUUUGAGGUUAUGGAUCCACAAGAAUUCGCAAAGGUCCAAGAGCCUCUCUUCAACCAGUUGGCCAAAUCCGUGGCGAGUCCUCACUUCCAGGUUGCGGAGCGUGCACUAUACUUCUGGAACAACGAAUAUUUCUGCAAUCUCGUCAGUGACAACGUCGAAACCAUCCUCCCGAUCAUGUUUGCCCCAUUGUAUGAAAAUUCAAAGGGUCAUUGGAACCGCACAAUACAUGGCAUGGUUUACAAUGCAAUGAAACUUUUCAUGGAGAUCAAUCCUCAACUUUUCGACGAAUGUUCGCAUGAUUACAAUGAAAUGCAGAACACUGCUGCUCAACGAGAAAAGGCACGCGAGGCGAAGUGGGAGAAGCUCACCGAGCAGGCAAACCGUAUGAAGGCCGGAUUGGCAAAGCCCCCGACAACUCCAAGCAUCAAGGAAGUGCCAGAGACAGAUGCCGCACAGGACAACCAAGAGAGGCUAGAUGCUCUCAAGUUGCAUGAUGAGUCAUCGUCAAGCAAGCCAUCGUCGCCGACUCUCCCACUCUCUGGUGAAGUCGGGAGGUCGACCCAGAACGACGACAGCAUGGAUGCCUUUCAGAAGAUUGAUGUCUACGCCGCAAGGCUCAGUGAUCCAAAGAUUGAUACACGGACAAAAUCGAACGUGGCGACAGAACUCCGCGACUCUAUCGAAUCUUUGUGCACCCCGUCCAGUGUCUACACAAAGUUCUUGACGAAGUUAUGGCCUGUCUUCAAGAAGAUCCUGGAGGGGACGACAGAUCUGAACCCGACCUCCUUCGAACAUAUCCUUCGGAAUCAGAUUCUCGAGAUCCUCCAUAGAUUACAACAUCAGCUGCACGAGGUUGAACCCUUUGCUUUAGACAUGGUGGAAACGCUGAUGGAGCUGGUCAGGGUGGAAAAUGAGGAUAAUGCUGUUUUGUGUCUGAAGACGAUCAUGGAUCUCGAGCGUCACCAACCGAAUGCCACUGCUUCAAAAGUUCAACCCUUCCUUGACCUCAUUCAAGAGAUGUUCCAAUUGAUGGAACAGGUGGUCCGCGACACCUUCGAUUCUCCCGGGCCGCAUCACCAGGCCUCAUCUUUGACGACCAACCCUCAAAGCCAGACCUUCCAGUCUCCGCGCCCUGGCUCGCCCGCCACGACGGUGUCCGAUCCAGGGACGGAAAAGAAGGAACACGCCCCCCUGGCGAAGGGCAUGCAGUCCUUCAAGGUUCUUUCAGAAUGUCCUAUCAUCGUCGUGUCUAUAUUCCAAGCGCAUCGAACUUCAGUUGCUGCCAACGUCAAGAAGUUUGUACCUUCUAUAAAGGGAAUUCUCAUGCUUCAGGCCAAAGCACAAGAGAAGGCACACGCGGAGGCUGCGGCGAACAAGACUAUAUUCACCGGAGUCAGCAAGGAGAUAAAAAAUCGUGCUGCGUUUGGUGACUUUAUCACCGCCCAAGUCAAGACGAUGAGUUUCCUGGCAUACCUUCUCCGGGUAUAUGCAAACCAGCUGACAGACUUCUUACCAACUCUGCCGGGUGUGGUUGUCAGGUUGCUAAAAGACUGCCCGAGAGAAAAGUCCGGCGCGCGCAAAGAACUGUUGGUUGCAAUACGGCACAUCAUCAAUUUCAACUAUCGCAAAAUCUUCUUGAACAAAAUCGACGAGUUGCUAGACGAACGAAUCCUUAUCGGUGACGGCCUGACCGUAUAUGAGAGUAUGCGUCCACUAGCGUACAGUAUGCUCGCAGAUCUCAUACACCACGUGCGGGACUCGUUAGAGCGCAAUCAGAUACGGCGGACGAUCGAAGUGUACACGAAAAACCUCCACGACAACUAUCCUGGUACAAGUUUCCAGACGAUGAGUGCAAAGUUGCUGCUCAACAUGGCCGAGAGCAUCACCAAACUGGAGAAUAAGGAAGAAGCGAGGUAUUUCUUGAUUAUGAUUCUCGAUGCGAUCGGCGACAAAUUUGCCGCAAUGAAUUAUCAGUAUGAGAACGCCGUGAAGCUGAGCCGCCAUUACGGAGACAAAUCCAAGGAGAACCAAGCGGAGACAUACAUGGAUGACAAAGACGAGGUUCCGGACUGGGACGCUGUGGACAUAUUUAAUGCCACUCCUAUUAAGACGUCAAAUCCGCGAGAGCGAGGUGCAGACCCAGUAAACGACAACAAAUUCCUCUUCAAGAACCUUGUCAACGGGCUCAAGAAUAUGUUCUACCAACUGAAAACAUGCAACCCUCCAGGACUGAACGUAGACCAAGCAAGCAUUCCGAUCAACUGGAACGAAGUUUCCUUCGGCUACAACGCUGAAGAGACUCGCGUGGUCACCAAGCUCUUCCACGAAGGAGCUCGCGUUUUUCGCUAUUAUAGUGCAGAAGCGCCGGUGCCGGACAUGCAAUAUUCCUCCCCGGUGGACUUUAUGGCAAGCCACUCAAUGGCACAAAUGACCAGAGAAGAAAAGGAAUUGUUAGAGAGCUUUGGGACGGUAUUUCAUUGCAUCGAUCCAGCCACCUUCCACGAAGUCUUCCAAGCCGAGAUUCCUUACCUGCACGAGUUGAUGUCUGAGCAUACGGCCUUGCUUCAUCUGCCUCAAUUCUUUCUUGCCAGCGAAGCUACAUCACCAGCAUUUGCAGGGAUGGUUCUUCAAUACCUCAUGAACAAACUUCCCGAGGUUGGUUCGUCAGACAUUGUCCUGUCGUCGAUAUUACUGAGGAUGUUCAAAUUGUCAUUCAUGGCUGUUACGCUUUUCUCGACACACAACGAACAAGUUCUGCUCCCACACAUCACGAAGAUCAUUACACAAUGUGUACAGCUGUCGGUAACGGCAGAGAAACCCAUCCAUUACUUCAUUCUUCUUCGAUCGCUCUUUCGAAGUAUUGGUGGUGGGCGCUUCGAACUCCUCUACAAGGAAAUCCUUCCGCUUCUCGAAAUGCUCCUCGAAACUUUCAACCAUUUGCUCCAGGGCGCCAGAGACCCUCAUGACCGAGAUUUGUACGUUGAGUUGACUUUGACUGUGCCGGCGAGACUCAGUCAUCUGUUGCCGCAUCUCAAUCACUUGAUGAGACCCCUGGUUGUGGCUCUUCGAGCUGGCCCGGAUCUUGUCGGGCAAGGAUUAAGAACGCUCGAGCUCUGCGUUGACAAUCUUACAGCAGAUUAUCUAGAUCCAAUCAUGGCUCCAAUCAUGGAUGAUCUGAUGACUGCCCUGUUCGAGCAUCUGAAGCCUCAACCCUACCAACAUUUCCACUCCCAUACGACUAUGCGCAUUCUUGGUAAACUCGGUGGACGUAACAGGAAAUUUCUGAAUCAUCCCCACCGUCUGGCUUAUCGGCGCUACACUGACGACGAGCCUAGCUUUGAUAUUCGACUCAUCGACACGAGCCGGGACCGAGCGUUUCCCAUGGACACUGGCGUCGACCUAGCCAUUAGAAAACUUACUGAGACAACGAAGAACACGAAUCCGAAGGCUUUGGAUCUAUAUUACAAGGAGCAAUCGUUCAAGUAUAUCAGCAAUCAAGUGAAGUUGUUCAUAGGCCAGGAUUACCUUCCUGACGACUUCGCAACUCUUCUCCGACUUCAAGCAAAUGACCUUCUGGCCCGACGCUUCCAGACAUACGCUGAUAUGUUAGCCGAUAACGAAUUUGGUAAAUCGGUGCACAAACGUCGAGAGCAAGAGGAGAAUUUGAAGAAGCUACUCAAGGCCUGCUUCAGUGCAAUGACUGUCCCGGAUCUGAAACCGCAAGUGGAAGUUUUCGUUCAGAGCAUCUCUCGCCAUUUUACUCUCGUGGAACUUGGUCAGGCUCUGUGUGACGCUGGCCGAAGAACGAAGGAAUUUGAUGUCAAUCUCGGCGAAGGCGCGGUCCAUCUUAGCACUCGCAUACUAGCCGACGUGAUCUGUGAUUGUCUGGCUUCUGACAACAUCUUCAUCCGUGAGGCUGCGGAAGCAUCAAUGCUGGCUGUUGUGGAUACGGCUCGUACUAUCUUUGGGAGCGAGGAAAAGGUCGCGAAACUUCCAUUUUUUACACAUCUCACCCAGACAUUCUGCCACAAAUGCCGUGAAGUGGAGUGGUUCACCAAGGCUGGUGCGACUUUGGGAAUACAAAUUCUGGUCAAGAAGCUGGAUCUGGGCCAACCCUUCCUCGCCAGUAAGCAACUUGAGAUCAUCAAAGCUUUGCUCUUCGUGAUCAAGGACACGCCUCAGGAAGUUCCAGCGAGUACUCGGAUCACCGCCCAAGAGACUCUGGAAUUCAUUCUUCGGAAAUGCUGCGCCGGCCAGACCCGAGAGAUGCUCAUGAACGAGAGGAGCACUAUCCAUGCUCUUUCUGUGACCUUCAGUCUCGAGCUAUCCCACAUGAAUACGCAUGCGCGUGAGACAGCACAACACGCAUUCUCGGUGAUGGCAGAGGUUGUGGGUCUUGAGGUACAUGAGCUGAUCGACCCAGUUAAGGAAAGAUUCCUGCCUCCGAUCUUCAACAAGCCGCUUCGAGCCCUUCCGUUUCUUUCACAAACCGGCUUCAUCGACGCAAUUACAUACUGCCUGAGUUUGGGUCACGACCUUGUCCCGUUGAACGACCAGCUCAACCGGCUUAUGAUGGAGUCAUUAGCGCUUGCCGACGCGGACUCUGAGAUCCUUCAUCCCAAACCAGACGAGUACAACAAUGCUCAGUUGAUUGUCAAUCUCCGGGUUUCAUGCCUGAAGCUUCUUUCUAUCGCGAUGAGCUUGCCCGAAUUUGCGACGGGACCACAAAAUUCCAGCCGUGCCCGCAUCAUCACCGUCUUCUUCAAGCUCCUUUACUCCAAGUCACCCGAGAUCAUCGAGGCUGCUAACGCCGGUCUGAAGGAGGUGCUGGUCCAGACCUCGAAGCUCCCUAAAGAUCUUCUCCAGAAUGGACUGAGGCCUAUCCUGAUGAAUCUCCAAGACUCGAAGCGUCUCACCGUCGCAGGGUUAGAGGGCCUUGCGCGAUUACUGACUUUGUUAACCAAUUACUUCAAAGUCGAGAUAGGUGCUCGAUUGCUGGAGCAUAUGAGAGUGAUUGCAGAUGAGCAGCUGCUGCAAAAGGUCUCCUUUGGCCUGAUUGAACAAAACCCACAGAUGAAGAUCGUUACGGCGAUAUUCAAUAUUUUUCACUUGCUUCCCCCUGCGGCCACCAGUUUUAUGGGAGACUUGGUAAACAGCGUCUUGGACCUGGAAGCAAAAUUACGCCGUACAGUGGCCAGCCCGUUCCGUCACCCGCUCAUACUCUAUCUCGACAAAUAUCCGAAGGAAACGUGGUCGUUCUUUCAGUCGCGCUUGCAGGAGGAGAAGUACGGCCGCUUCUUUGCGCAGAUCCUAGGCUCAGAUUCCAGCCCAGCUAUUCGUGAAGUUGUCAUGAACGACACUGAAGCGUUUAUCAAGGCUGCGUUCGACGUCGAGGCCAUACCAGAGCGCCAUACCGCGGCGAUCAAUGGCAUCUACAUAGUGCACUCAAUCUGCACGUUUGAAUCCGCUAAAGACUGGCUGCGUGAUCAGGAGCAGCUCAGGGCCAAGGUUCUAAGUGCUGGUCAGGAAAUCGAGGGUGAACUACGCAAAGAUCAGCUUCAACCUUCACAGCGUCUACCGUCAUCGCCAGACGAUCUCAACUUCGUGAUCGAAGUCUUCUCUUCAUCUGCACAAGGCACGAUAAAGACCCCCCUAAAACUGAUGAAAUAUAUCUUUGAUUCCAUCAUUACCGAUGAAUCUGCAAGCCGCAGGUACAAUAUCAUUGAGCGGUGUCUGGACGUUUACUCUCAAAAAGCUGAAUCCUACAAGGUGAAGACGUUCCUGUUGCACAACGUGGUCAACCCCAUCAUGGCAAGGGAUGUGCAGAAUACUCGUCAGGAGAAUAGCAAUGCAGCUCCACUAGCAGACAGCAAGCUGUUCAACCUGUUUUUAGAGCGUCUGUGGAAAUCGGCUACUCCCGAUGGCAGCGACGACUCAUCACAGCCAGGUGUCGACCAUACUCGCAUGGAAGCGCUGCAACUCUCUGCAUUCAUUCUGAAAUAUCACAAAGAUGCUGUUUCCGAGGACCGGAAAGAUAUCAUCAAAUAUUCCUGGGGACAUAUCAAACUGGAAGAUGUGAUCAAUAAGUACGCAGCGUAUGUCCUGAUAUGCUACUUCAUCCGGUCUUACGACACACCCCCAAAAAUCGUGGUCCAGAUCUACAAUCAGCUUUUGAAAGCUCACCAAAAUGAAGGCAAAGCGUUGGUCACCCAGGCUCUGGAGGUGUUGGCUCCGGUACUGCCUGCGAGAAUAGGCGCCGGUGCCAAUGCCCCUGGAGACAAGAGGACGCCUUCGUGGGCUCGACUACCACGCAAGAUCUUGAACGAAGAGACAGGUAAUUUACAGCAGGUCCAGAGCAUUUUCAACUUCAUUGUGCGCCAACCGGAUCUCUUCUAUGAGUCGAGGGAGCUCUUUAUCCCGACAAUGAUCCAAAUGCUUAACAAGCUUGCCCCUCCACCAAACCCUUCGAAUGAGAACAAAAAGCUUGCCUUGAAUCUUAUUUCUCUGAUACAGCAAUGGGAAAGUCGACGUGUCUCACCGGUAUCGCCUUCUCAGACUGGAGCCGACUUGACGCCUACACGUAAGAGAGAUCACGCUGGUGACCAGAAGCUGGGCCCACCAGCAAAGGAGAAGGCCGAAUACGUGAUUCCACUUGAGCUUCGCACGGCUGUGGUCAAGUAUAUGAUCAACUUCAUCACUACUUUGCCCGAACGCUUUCCCGCCCCAGCUGCAGACCUCAAGGCUAAGACCAUGCAGAAGGUCCAGCAGCAGCCUUUACCAAACGACAUGUGCAAAAAGGCCGUUCAACUACUCCGAGUUCUUCUGGCACCGAAUCUAUGGACAGAUGUUGAUGUCGGUCUCUAUGAGAAACUGCUUGAUCCGAUCCUGAGUGGUGAAAAAGCAGACAAGGCAGAGGACAAGCAAUUGACAUGCAUGAUCAACGCCCUGCAGGUCAUGCGAAUUCUGCUAAGCACGAAGUCGAAUGAAUGGAUCAUUGAUCAUAUGGAAAAGAUCCAGAAGCUGUUGGAGAAACCACUCAAGAUGGAAGAGCCCGAAAUCCAGGACUGUUUGCAUCAAGUGACUGACGACGAUAAGUCUCUUCCGCUGGUUCGACGUGUUCUCGAGGCAAUUCCGGCUCAGAAGACGGAUGAUGCAGAUGCAAUGGACUUGGAUACCCCGCCUUCAGACUUUCCGACUCGAUAUUCCAAGAUCAUGGUCGGCGAAGCUUUGUCUAACGGCAGUUAUGUCUCGGGUAUAAACAACCUGUGGACUCUUUCAUUGGUACGACCAGCCGAUGUUGAUGACCAUAUCAACGGAGCGAUGAAAGCUUUGCAGCAGAAACUGGCAAAAGAACACAUCAAUGCAUAUGUGAUCCCGCCUGGACCUCCUCCCCAAGGUUGGCGUCUUGGUGAACCCUUGAUGGACCCCUACGACUUCGCGCUGGGUGUUGACCUCAUAAAGAAAACUAUUGACAUUCUGUCGUCCCGAAUGAGUGAACUCAACGAGCAGCGUCGACCGUUCCUCAGUGUCCUUGCUUCGCUUGUUGAGAAGUCGUUCAACGUGGAAAUGUGCAGCAAAGUGUUGGACAUGGUAGAGAAAUGGGUCUUUAACUCAACCGAGCCAUACCCAACACUGAAGGAGAAGACGGCAGUGCUGCACAAGAUGCUCAUUUUCGAAAAGUGGCCCAAUCAAAAUCUACUUGAGCGCUUCCUUGAACUCGUCUUCAAGAUCUACGAUGACCCAACUGUUACGCGAACGGAGCUGACAGUGAGAUUGGAGCAUGCUUUCUUGAUCGGAACUCGUGCCAAAGACGUGGAGAUGCGAAAUCGUUUCAUGAACAUCUUCAACCGUGCCUUGUCCAAAACUGCCAGCUAUCGACUGAACUACGUGUUGACACUGCAAAACUGGGAUACGCUUGCCGACUCAUUCUGGUUGAAGCAAGCUUCGCACCUGGUCAUGGGCUCUGUUGAAAUGUCGAUGCCCGCUCGCCUCCACCCAGAAGAUGUCCGCGUUUGCCCCCUAUCUCAACUCUUCAACGCCAAUCUUAUCAGCGCCGAUCAACGAAAAGACGAUCCAAUCAUCGAGGAUAGCCUGGACGCUCUAGUUGCCGCACAACGUCGUUUCAAUCAAGAAAUCCAUGAGGUCAAAGUCCGUGACCUGCUCGAGCCCCUUAUUCAGCUGCAGCAUAUUGAUGACAAUGUUGCCUACGAUGUCUGGGUCAAACUGUUCCCACUUUGCUGGUCUGCCCUGAACAGGGAUGAGCGUCUUGACCUCGAGAAAGGCAUGGUGACCCUGCUGACUCGAGAAUAUCAUCAGAGACAACUUAACCUUCGUCCCAAUGUCGUUCAAGCAUUACUGGAGGGUGCAGUGAGGGCUAAACCAAGGUUCAAGGUGCCUCCUCAUGUUAUGAAAUUUCUGAGCAGAACAUAUGACGCGUGGUACACUGCGCUUAUCUCCCUUGAAGAAUCUACCGUUGACCCAUUGAUCGAUACGCCGGCGGUUCGCGAAAGCAACCUGGAUGCCCUCGUGGAAGUCUAUGCUGGCCUUCAAGAAGACGACCUAUUCUAUGGAGCGUGGAGAAGACGGUGCAAGUUUAUGGAAACCAAUGCCGCCCUCUCAUACGAGCAGCACGGCAUCUGGGAUAAAGCGCAACAACUCUGGGAGUCAGCCCAAGUUAAAGCACGUACUGGCGUUGUGCCGUUCUCCCAAGGAGAAUACUACCUUUGGGAAGAUCACUGGAUGAUUUGCGCUCAGAAACUCCAACAAUGGGACAUUUUGGGCGAAUUCGCAAAGCACGAGAACUUCAAUGAUCUUCUACUCGAAUCAGCCUGGAGGAAUUACGAAGCUUGGUCCGGCGAAGAAAACCGAAACCAGCUGGAUGCGAUGAUCAAGUCCGUCUCCGACGCUCCAACACCUAGGCGAACCUUCUUUCAAGCAUUCAUGGCACUUCUACGAUACAGUUCUAAGCAGAUGUCGCGUUUGGAGUUCCAGCAUGUUUGUGACGAAGCCAUUCAGCUCUCUAUCCGCAAAUGGCAUCAACUUCCCAAGCGUAUAACAAAUGCCCACAUCCCCAUUUUGCAGAACUUCCAGCAGUUGGUCGAGCUUCAUGAUGCUAGCGUUAUUUGCGAUAGUCUCAUGGGCACCAACGAGCGUAAUCUUGACAGCAAAUCACAAGAAGUCAAACUCCUCCUGCAAGCUUGGAGAGACCGGCUACCGAACAUCUGGGACGACAUCAAUGCGUGGCAAGACCUGGUCACCUGGCGCCAGCAUGUUUUCCAGCUCGUGAACUCGACGUACUUACCUCUUCUCCCUCAAGGCGGUAACAACGUUGGCAACAAUUCAUAUGCCUUCCGAGGUUAUCAUGAGACGGCUUGGAUAAUAAACAAGUUUGCCCAUGUCGCCCGAAAACACCAGAUGCCUGAAGUGUGUAUCAAUCAGCUGGGCAAGAUCUACACGUUGCCCAACAUCGAAAUUCAAGAAGCCUUUUUGAAACUGAGAGAACAAGCCAAAUGCCAUUACCAGAAUAAAGCCGAGCUGAAUAACGGGCUUGAUGUGAUUAACAAUACCAAUCUCAACUACUUUGGCGCACAGCAAAAGGCCGAGUUCUAUACGCUCAAAGGCAUGUUCCUGGCCAAGCUCCAGCACGCAGAAGAAGCGAACGAAGCGUUUGGUGUAGCUCUCUACUAUGACCUUCGACUUCCAAAAGCAUGGGCCGAAUGGGGCCAGUAUUCCGAUCGCAAGUUCAAGGAGAAUCCAUCCAAUAUCGAGGCUGCCAGUAAUGCUGUCAGCUGCUACCUCGAAGCGGCUGGGCUUUAUAAGAGCGCCAAAUCAAGGAAGAUGCUUAGCCGAGUAUUGUGGUUACUUAGUCUGGAUGACGAGGAGGGGCACAUUGCUAAGGCAUUCGAAGACUUUAAAGGCGAGACGCCAGUCUGGUACUGGACGACGUUCGUGCCUCAACUGCUCGGCAGUCUCGAGCACAAGGAGGCACGCCUUGCCAAAUCGGUGUUGGUGAAGAUCGCCAAAGGUUUCCCCCAGGCACUGUUCUAUCACCUGCGGGCGACAAGAGAAGAUUUCUUGGGCAAGAAAAAACAAUACGAGGCCCAGAAAGCCAAGCAGCAGAAGAAUCAGGAAGAGAAGAAGGAAUCUGGGUCACGACCGGGCACGGCCAAUGGUGAAGCCCAGACCAAUGGGUCAUCGUCUCCCAAACCUAAGCAGGAGCCAGAUGCCGACAACGGCGAGGCGAAUGGUACCGAAGCGGGCAAGAAACCUGAAGAGCCCAAGAGGCCAUGGGACUACACCGACGAGAUCAUGGCUGGCCUAAAGACUGCAUUCCCCCUCCUUGCGCUUUCAAUGGAGACAAUGACAGAUCAGUUGUCGAAGCAUUUCAAAUGUCCGCCAGACGAGGAUGCCCAUCGACUUAUUGUUGCGCUGUUAAAUGACGGACUGCACUACAUCAGCCGGGCACCCAUGACUUAUGCCGAAGGGGCCAAAUUGCCGCCUCAGACGGAAGCCAAUGUUGCGCGAUUCGUACAAUCUGUUCUCCCAGCACAUAUCCGCAAAUCAUUUGAGGCAGACUUUGUCCAAACCAAACCGACGAUGUAUGAAUACAUCCACAAAUUAAGGAAGUGGCGAGACAAGUUUGAACAGAAGCUCGAUCAUAGACAGCAGUGGGCUCCCCUGGAGUCCUACAGUCAUCAUCUAAGCGAAUUUAAAUUCCUCAAGUUUGACGACUCGGUGGAAGUCCCUGGACAGUAUCAACAGCACAAAGACAAGAACACCGAUUUCGUUCGUAUCGAGCGCUUUAUGCCGACAGUUGAGCUUGUCAGGGGCAACAGCAUCUGCCACCGCCGUCUAACAAUUCGUGGCCAUGACGGCUCUCUGCAUCCCUUUGCCGUUCAGCAUCCAACAGGUGGCAAGGUCCGUCGCGAGGAGCGCAUCGUACAACUGUUCCGGAUCUUCAACCAGACAUUGUCAAAGCGCAAAGAAUCCCGGCGCCGAAAUCUGUACUUUCAUUUACCCAUCUUUGUGCCGAUAGCACCGCACAUUCGCCUGGUACAAGACGACGCCUCAUAUGUAACACUUCAGUCCGUGUAUGAAGACCACGUCCGCAAACUUCCUCCCAACACCAUGUCCCGGGAUGAACCGAUCCUCUUUGUCCUCGAGAAAUCACGCACCAUCGCCGAGCAGCAAAAGACAAGUCCCAGAACACCUGAGCAGGUUGCAAUCAUGAAGACUGAGAUCUUCACCACGAUCCAGGAGAGGUGGGUUCCAAAUACCAUCGCUUUGAAGUACUUCCAGACGACCUAUCCAUCUUUCGAAGAUUUCUGGCUCUUCCGGCGGCAGUUCAGUUAUCAAUUUGCGGCCACCACGUUCAUGACAUAUAUAAUGCAUAUGUCCGCGCGGUAUCCGAUGAAAUUCUCCAUCUCGAGAGCCACUGGAGAUAUUUGGGCCUCUGACCUAUUGCCUAACCUCAAUUCGAGUCGAGCAUUGUUCUACAAUCCUGAACAAGUGCCCUUCCGCUUGACUCCAAACCUGCAGACACUCAUGGGUCCCCUGGGUGUUGAAGGGAUCUUCACAGCAAGUCUAAUGGCGAUCGCACGCUGCCUCGCGGAGGGUGACAACGGAUACGAAAUGGAGCAGCAACUCGCUAUCUUUGUAAGAGAUGAGAUGUACAACUGGGCUGCUGGGCGGCCUCAAUCUAGUGGAAGUGGUGGCCAAGGGGGAGAUCAGAAAAUGGAAGGGUCACAUUUAAGAGAGCUAGUGGCUAUGAAUGUCGAGUUCAUCACGCGGCGUGCGCUCACAUUGGCGAAGACGCAAGGCAGUGUCGGUGCUCCUUCGGUUUCUUCAGGGACACAAGCUGCCAAUACCAACGGCGCCGUCUCUGGCGCAGAGGGAAGUGCAAGCGGUGCGGCGGCCGCGGCAGCCACAGCAAACGCGAUUCCCACUGGUGUCACCGGCGUCCUACCUGCAUGUCAGAACGUGGUGGAUCUGGUCAGCAAGGCGACUGAUCCUACUCGACUCAGCGGAAUGGAUGGGUUAUGGAUGCCUUGGCUGUAA